AGACGUAAGAAUGCUACUCGUGAAACUACCAGCAUACUUAAAGCUUGGUUAUAUGAACACAGAAAAAAUCCUUACCCUACCAAGGGAGAAAAAAUUAUGUUGGCAAUCAUGACAAAGAUGACAUUAACGCAAGUUUCGACAUGGUUUGCUAAUGCUCGUAGACGCCUUAAAAAGGAAAAC